AUGGAGCAACACUUGCUGAACAAGCUCAAGAAACUCUGGGAUUUAUGGGAUAUACGGGUCUGUGUUCUCUUUAGCCUCUUACUACAAGUUUGCUUGGUAGUACUUGCACCCUUUAGGCAAAGAAGCAGAAACUUUGUCCUACACAUGUCUAUCUGGUUGGCAUACUUGAUGGCUGACUGGAUUGCUGCUGUUACCAUUGGACUAAUCACUAGAUCCCAGGUUGCCAGUGAUUCCUGCGGUCCCAAGGGAAACGAGGACCUUUACGCGUUCUGGGCUUCAAUUCUUUUGCUUCAUCUCGGAGGUCCUGAUAGCAUUACCUCUUUUGCUCUUGAAGAUAAUGAAUUCUGGCUUCAGCACUUGUUCGGGCUUCUUUUACAGGUUAUUGGUGCUGGUUAUAGCCUCUAUCUAACAUUUCCUGAGAACAAGCUCUGGCUUCUGACAAUUCUAAUUUUCGUUGUUGGAACCAUCAAAUAUGCAGAAAGAACCGCGGCUCUGUGUCUCGCAAGCUUGGACCGUUUCGGAGCUACUGCAUUGCCAAAGCCAUACCCUGGUCCUGACUACAAAGAGGCAGUGGCAAUAUACUCCACAACAAGGUCGGUUCAGGUUCCGGAGCAAACGGAGAUCACCAUGGGGACAAACGUUGGCAAUUAUAAGGACCGUAAAUUUGCUCUGAAUCUACCAUCACGGUCAGAUGAUGGUAUACCUCCUGAAACCGGUGGUUUACAAGUUUGGAGAUCUAAGCGAGGUCGAAUUCCAUCAAAGAGAUUUCCAAAAUCUGAGUAUAUUCUGCUUACUGAAGAGGGGGAGCCAGAGAGUUUCCAGGAAGCUGUUUCUCAUCAAGAGAAGGAAAAGUGGCUGCAAGCAAUGCAAGAUGAGAUGGAAUCCUUGCAGAAAAAUCAUACUUAUGAGUUGGUUGAGCUUCCAACAGGAAAGAAGGCACUAAAGAAUAAAUGGGUGUUCAAGCUCAAGAAAGAUGGCAGCGGAAGGGUGGUGAAACACAAAGCCCGAUUGGUGGUCAAAGGAUUUCUUCAGAAGAAAGGAAUUGACUUUGAUGAGAUUUUUUCACCAGUGGUAAAAAUGACUUCAAUUCGAGUCAUUUUUGGUUUAGUAGCAAGUCUAAACCUAGAGCUUGAACAGAUGGAUGUGAAGACAGCAUUUCUUCACGGUGAUUUACAUGAAGAAAUCUACAUGGAGCAGCCAGAAGGAUUUGAGGUUUCAGGGAAAGAAAACCUCGUAUGCAAGCUAAAGAAGAGCUUGUAUGACCUCAAGCAAGCACCAAGACAAUGGUAUAAGAAGUUUGACUCGUUUAUGGUGAGUCAAGGUUAUAAAAGGACUGCAGCAGACCAGUGUGUUUAUAUUCAAAAAUUUUCAGGUGGAAACUUCAUUGCACUUUUGCUAUAUGUGGACGACAUGUUGAUCGUUGGACAAGAUGCAAUGAAGAUUAGUAAGCUGAAGAAAGAAUUGUCUAAGUCCUUUGAUAUGAAAGACUUAGGACCAGCUCAACAAAUUUUGGGAAUGCAAAUAAUCCGAGACAGAAAGAAUAGAAGGUUAUGGCUAUCUCAAGAGAAGUAUGUUGAACGGGUGAUAAAGAGAUUCAACAUGGAUAAAGCCAAACCGGUCAGCAUUCCACUUGCAAAUCAUUUCAAGUUGAGUAAGAGAUUGUGCCCCUCAUCCAAAGAAGAGAUAGAGGAGAUGGCUUCAGUACCAUAUUCUUCAGCGGUAGGAAGUCUGAUGUAUGCAAUGGUGUGUACCAGACCAGACAUUGCUCAUGCAGUAGGUGUUAUGAGCAGAUUUCUUUCAAAUCCUGGAAAGAAACACUGGGAAGCAGUCAAAUGGAUUCUCAGGUAUCUUAAAGGUACAUCGAAGCUGUGCUUGUGCUACGGGGGAGGUGAUCCAAUCUUAGAAGGCUAUACAGAUGCAGAUAUGGCCGGAGACCCUGAUAAUAGAAAGUCUACAUCAGGUUAUCUCUACACUUUUGCAAGGGGAGCUGUGUCAUGGUAGUCAAGAUUGCAGAAGUGUGUUGCUUUAUCCACUACUGAAGCAGAGUACAUUGCCGCAGCAGAAGCGGGUAAGGAAAUGUUGUGGUUAAAGCGUUUUCUCACAGAAUUGGGCAUCAAGCAAGAAGACUACAAGAUACAUUGUGAUAACCAAAGUGCCAUGGAUUUGAGCAAAAACUCAAUGUAUCAUUCCCGUACAAAGCACAUUGACAUCCGCUAUCAUUGGAUACGCGAAAUAAUAGAUCAACAGUUGCUGAAACUAAUGAAGAUUCACACAAAAGAGAAUCCAGCAGAUAUGCUAACAAAAGUUGUUGCUCAAGAGAAGCUAAAGCUAUGCAGAGACAUAGCUGGAAUAGAUGGCAGAUGACCAUCAGUUUUAAAUGCGGCUGGAGGGGGAGAAUUGUGAAGUCCAGCCGCACCACCCACAGCCACCAUUUUUGACACACCGACAGCCACCAUUCUUGACACACCGACAGCCACCAUUCUUGAAAAUGGCCAUUGCUGCACCGAAAAUGGAUUGAUCAACAAUUGUGGGCUAAGCUGUUGAAGAUUGUGGCCAUGCAACCGACCUUGUAAGCCUAUAAAUAGGCUCCUUCCCGUUGCAUGCAAAUCAAGCCAAGUGAGCAAGCUCAAUAUUAUCCCAAGUGAGGAAUAUUGAGAGAAAACUCCG